CAUGCAAUUUUCUAUCUGUGUCCUGGUGAUAACCAGGAGCAGUAAUGCUGAUCACAGCAACACAGGGUCAGAGGCAAAUGCCUUGUCCUGAAUGUUUUCUUAUCCUGGGAUGUAACAAAAGGUCACUACGGGGUAUUUCCACCUCUGUGGAAAACUGGGAAAACUACAGCCACGUCACACCAAUAAAAGAGAGCAAAAAGCGACCUUAAUCUUGAUUGCAAAACUUCUGGAGCAAAGGAAGUUUGGGAAAGUUUGCAUAAGGAAGAGCUGGCGUAGCGGGUGGGAAAAGGGAGCAACGCACGUUGUUAGUACAGACGGCAGCUACAGCAAUGGCACAAAAUUGCAGGAGGGAUUUGGAAGCGAGGGGUUCUGCUGUGCGGGGAACUGAAGAACUGCGUGUAACAUCACGAGAGCUACCAGGGGACUCACUAACAUGCUUUAUUUCGACGUUAGCAUCUUGGGCACGUUUCAAUAGAGGUCAGAGCCAAGUUGUGGACAAGCACUUUUACUCCCCCAGCUGCAAUCUUUCCGAGCUUACGGCAGCGUUGAUGCCUGGAGAGGAUCCCUGGGAGGCACAACAGAGGUGCGGGGCUGCCGCAAGGCUCCACACUGCGGGCGCAGGGGGAUGAGGUACCAGCGGACAGCAGGCACGACCAGGGGCCGCCCAGGUGGGACCGUGUUGGCCACCACCGCCCUCCGAGGCCGCUCCCCUCGGCUCGGGUUACCUGGGCGGGCCGCGGAGCUGCUCUUCCCGUCUGGCCCGGCCCCCGCGACGGGAAGUGGGAGCGUGCGGCACGGCUCGGACGGACGGGGAGGAGGAGAAAUGGAGAGCGGCGGCGGCUCCUUCGGGGCUCCGAUGCGGUGUCGGCUGCUGUUCUUCGCCGCGUGUUGGGCGCUGGCAGCGGCGGCUGCAGAAGAAAAAGCUCUUUCCCCUCCAUCCAACCUCAACUAUUCCUUUAUCCAAAUCUGCACCUUGAACUGGACGUGGAAUCCCCCGGAGAACAUCAGCAGUAGCUGUGACCUGGAAUAUUCCAGUGACAUCCUGAUCGAUGAGGUCUCUCAGCACAAAAAUGAGUGGAGAAAGAGUCUCUUUCGCGUGACUGAUACGGUCUUGAAUAAGGAGAUGCGUUUCAAAGUGAGAAGUGAAUGCAAGAACAGUAAUGCCACCAAUCACAGCCAGUGGGUGGAGACCUCUGUUCCACCAAAAGGUGUUCCAGGUACCGCUGCUGUUGGCUUGAGCUGUGUCUGGCACAACCUGCAGUACAUGCUUUGUAUGUGGCAUCCUGGAGAGAAUGCAAGUAGUGAUACCAAUUACACUUUAUUCUACUGGUUUGAUGGUUUGGAAAGGCAUAAGGAGUGCAAAAAUUAUUCUGUGAGCCAAGGAAGCUUUGAAUGUGCCUUCAAUUUUACCUUCCCUCGGGCUGCCAAUAGGUACCCAUCGAUCAGUAUACUGAUUAGAGAUGACUCUGAAAAUAUUAUGCCUGUGUGUGUGACUGAAAAUCCUACCACCCUUGUAAAACCUGCCACACCAACAAUAGUUAAUCUAUCAUAUGUUAACAAUGGAAUACAUCUGCAGUGGAGUGAAUCGGGUACAAUUCCAGCAAAUUGCCUCAGUUAUGAAGUGAGGUAUCACAAUGGUGAUUCGACCACUGCUCAGACAAUUCAAGUUAAGUUUAAUUCUACGUCAAUUCCUAGUGUUGAUCCUAAUAGCAAGUACACCUUCCAAGUGAGAGCACAGCCAAGGGUCGAAUGCUACAGCAGCAAGUUCUACAGUGAAUGGAGCGAAGAAAAGAGCAUUGGUGAGAAUCCAAACUCUGCAUUCAAUUUUAUUUUAAUAAUCACCAUUCCAUUAAUAGUGACAGUGUCCACAAUAAUCCUACUUGUUUACCUUAAAAGGCUUAAGAUAUUAAUUCUUCCACCAAUCCCAGACCCUCGGGAAAUCCUGAAGCGCAUGUUUGGGGAGCAGAAUGAGGAUCCCCAGAGCUGUGUGAAGGAGGACAGUAUGAAUGGUUAUGACAAGUUAAUCAAGGAAGAAGAAAUUCAUUCUUUAAUUUUAAUAGAAGCUCCUGAAUCCUCUAAUUCUGAAAAAGAACCCCGAUAAACUGUUUUCACAGUAGAGGAGAAGGGAAGACUUCCAGAGUUGCUCCUUUAACUCAGGUGACAGUGUGGAUGUGAAAAGGCCUGCGGACCAUUCACCAACUCCUACAUUAUGGAGCCCUUCCUGAGCCUUAUCUCUUUGAUGCUCAAAAGAUGCAUCACCGAUGUUGGCCGUUCUUCCAUCUCUGCUAACAAAAUUCAUCUUGGAUCCUUGGAGAUGGACGUGUACAUAAAUUUCUCCUGACUGCAUUGCAGCAUUUCUUGUUCAGUCUCUAACCUGCUCUGCCCCAUUACUUGUCAUCUGCACCUGUGUUUGUGCCACGCAGUAGUUUGUAAAUGCUGGCUUCUUUUUAUCAGGUUCUGUUUGGUUUUGGAACCUCACAUGCUGUGAGUUCUCUGAAGUGUUUGGCUUUGUUCCUCAGCAGGUGAGGCAGGGCAUGUUUACAGCAGGUGAGUCACUGUUGUGCUGCACACGGAGCUGCCAACAGAUGGGAUGCAGAGCAGUGACUGUUUGGGUGCCCUGGGCACAGGGUCUCCAGGGGACAUCUGUGGACUGAUCAUCCCUAGCUGUUCUUCAGCCGUGGGUUGAAUAAACCCAGCAUGAUAGUUGCUUUUUUCUUCAGAUACAUGCGAAACACCUCCUUACCUUCCAGCUGGUAUCCAGACUGUUAGCACAGAAGAAUCGCUUUGACUUUUUUGUCCAUACAAGUGCCUUAGAUACAAGGCCUUCAUGAACUUUGAGUGUUAAGUAAACUUUUUAAGUGAUAAUCAUUAUCUUUACCUCUGUUGUGCAGUGGCUGGUGACUGUCACCAAGCGGUCAUCCUGCUCUGGCCAUAUUGGCCAAAUGACUAUAGAAGCUGAAUCACGGGGAGUUUUUCCAGCAGAAUUUCCAAGGUGGAUGCAUGAGUCCUAAACCACAGAGACUGAAGACAGAGACUUCAAGAUUUGCCUGUACUGCUGUGCUGUCGGAUUUGGGGAAGGAGAUGAUGACAGCCUUGGCCUGCUUUCUUGGGGGCCAAACUUUGUUGUUUCAGUAGCGAUCAUAGGAUUGUUAAGGUUAGAAAUGACCACUAAGAUCAUCUGCUUCGACCAUACGAUGACAUUUGGAUUCCAGUUGAGACUUUGCAGCUUUUUAAAAGGUGCUUAUUUGACUUCAAAGCGAAAAUUCAUGAAUGAAAUUUGGAAUGAAAAAUCAUGAAUUAAUUUGUUCAUUUUUUUUUUUCUUCACGUGGUUUUAUUUUGAGGUUACUUUACCCCAUAAGAGCCCAGCAGAAGUUUUCUGGCACAACUGUGAUGUUUCUCUGCACUGAGUUUUUGAGCAUUUAGAUUGUGAGCUGUGCUUUAAGGCAGCUGAUAGCAGUGCAUGGUUUGUGCUGGAGGCAGAGAGAUGUGGGGAGAAAGGGGCUGUGGAGGGAGCAGGUGGGGGGGGCUGAGGGGCUUCUUGCUCUUCCCUCAGCAUCACAGUGUGGGUGUGUGGGUUGUUGAGACCCUUGUAGCUGACUGGGAGGAGAUCUCCAGAGGUUUACUAGGAGCUUUUUCAGAAACCACUGAUGUUUUAAAAUCCAGCCCUAUCCUCAAGCUCAAUUCUAUCAAAAUCUUGAAAUGAAAUACUUUUUUUUUUUUUUUUUUGGAUACUAUUCUACAAGAAGUAGCACUAACAGGGCUAUAAAAGUACAUCCUUUACCCUCCCAUGUAUUUUCUCCCCCUUGGUAGCUCCCAGUCCCCACUGAAUCACUCAGAUAUGCAGUUCCUUUCAACAUCUCCUGCCUACCUCCAGCUGCUGGUGGUGGAAAGGGAAGAAGUGCAGCAGAACUUACAGAUCUCAUACUACCUUAAGUCUUCUACUUACAAGCAUGCUAAAUAUAUAUAUAUAUAUAUGUAAUUGGUUGAUGAGACAAUACAAGAUGUCUCAGGGAUUUCAGUGCGAUAGAAUGACACUCAGGUUAUACGGAGUCAGCUAGCAGCACUGUUUGGUAUUCCAGAGGCAAAAGAAUAGCAUGGGUUGAAAGUUAUUAAUGUCAUUCAUCAACUUAAUUCCUGCUGCCAUGCAAUGUUCAUGAGAUAAUGAUUUCUCACAUCUACCUCAUCUCAAAUGUUGCUCAUUUUAGAUCGCUAGACAAACAAAUGUAUGAUUUCAGUAUCAGUAAUCAUAACAUAACGUCAAGGUUUGUGGCUUUCGGUAUAUCAGUCUAGGAAGAUAAUCCUUGGUACUUUACCCUGAGUUCUUUUGGCUUUGUUCUGAUGUUUAUAGUAAAAUCAAAGUGUGUUUGUUUGGAAAACAAACAGAAAUCCCUUAAGGAAAAGGAGGGGGUAAAAACAGACUUGGAAGUUCUAGGCUGAAUGAAGAGCUUAAAUACAGAGCAUGGUUUAUAUCGACAGAGAAAUAUUUGGGGUAAUCCUUUGUUUUCUGUAUGAUAGCAACUUUACACACUUCCCAAUGGAUGGGUGCACUUCCUGAGCUUGUGUUUCAGCAUGCAAAGUGUCUGUGUGUGUUGUGGUCUCCAACGCAUCUUGUUUACGGUGAAGGUUUUCUCCCCAGUUUUGCUAUUGUUUGUGUGCUGUUUGUUGCAGUUACUUGAGCUGUACAUUUGUUUAAAAACUGAAUAAAUACAGUGGAAUAUUUUUCGAUA